GCCAUUGUUUUGACACCGGCUUUAGAAUGUCUCCUAAGCGAUUGAGGUGUUUUGUUGUCGGAUGUAAGAAUGAACAUAGCAGUCUUCAUUUACUCCCGACAUCUGAGCCGCGGAAGACGCAGUGGAUUCGUUUUGUUUUUAAAGGGAAUGCGCCCUCCAAUCUACCUAAAUGCGUUCAUGUUUGCGCUAAUCAUUUUACACCAGACUGCUUUGUAAACGAGGGUCAGUACAAAGCAGGGUUUGCUAAAAAGUUGUUCCUGAAGAAUGGAUCAGUACCAACUGUUCGUGGUCCAGUUUCACCCCCAGAAGUCUGCAAAUCGACAUAUAUUAGCUGCACGCGGGAUGUUGGCAGCCAGACAGAAUCACCGCAGCUGCAUAGUGUCGGGACACAACUAUCAAUGAGGACGCUUCAAUUACACCACAGGAGUACUGGUGUGUGUGUCCAGACAACUGUGCCCAGUUUGGACUUUGGCAUAUCAUCAGUUUCUCAUGCAGCUGGUGCAACAUUUAUGUCUUCCACACCAAAUAAGCCUCCAUCAAAGAGACCUCGCAUGGACCUUGAGGAAGAGGGAGAUGAUGAUGAUGAUGCCCUCCAGGGCUGUUCUUCUUCUAUAUUAACAGCUAAAGAGUCAGAUGUCACAUUUGAUCCUGCAGAGGCAGACACAUCUUUAACAGAGCCAACAGAGACUGCGGCUCAGGCAUCCAAGCCUGUUCAAAAAAUAUGUAAAUAUAUUGUGUAUGAGAGUUGCCUUAUGGAACUCUUUGAGGUUUGUCCGGUAUGUCAGCGAAGCUGUGAUGUCCGUUCACAAAGGCUUGGAACGUUUCUACAUGUGGAACAACUUUGCCAACACUGUCAUUUUCUACGCAAAUGGAACAGUCAGCCAAUUCUGGGAAGUACUCCAGCUGGCAACCUUCAUCUUUCUGCUGCUGUGUAUCUCUGUGGGGCUUCUUUCUACACCGUUGAAAAGAUAUUCGCAGCUAUGCAUCUGCAAGUCUUCGGGUACGACACCUUUCGUCGGCACGCACGGAUGUAUAUCGAGCCUGCCAUUGUGUACAAAUGGCAAAAUUGGCAGGAUGGGAUGCUACAUCAGAUCAGUCAAAGGGAAAAAGUCAUUGUUGUUGGCAAUAUGAGGGCUGACUCAUCAGGACACUCUGCCAAAUUUGGCAGCUAUACAAUGAUGGACCUUGAGACAAACACCGUUGUUGAUAUACAACUGGUCCAGAGUAACGAAGUGGGAGGAAGCUGUAACAUGGAAAAGGAAGGUUUAAAGAGAAGCCUCGAUUUGUUGGAAAUGCGUCGCGUGACUCUACACUCCAUUGUGACUGACCAGCAUCCACGAAUACAUAAAAUACCUCCGGGACCGUAAUAUCACCCAAUUCUAUGAUUUCUGGCACAUUCAGAAAAGAGUUUCAAAACAGCUUGAUAAAAUUGCCAAGUUGAAGGGUUGUGAGAAACUACGCAAGUGGUUGCGUAGUAUAAAGAAUCACAUAUACUGGACUGCUGCUUCGUCAACCACAGGGCCAGAACGAGUUGCAAAAUGGACAUCGAUUCUGAACCAUGUCCAGGAUAAACACACUCACGAGGACCCAUAUUUUCCUGCAUGUCUACAUGCACAAAGGCAAAGUAUAGACAAGAGCAAAUGGCUGACUGCUGGAACUCUGCCAUUUUACAAGUUGGAGAAAGUUCUCUCCAACAAGAGAAUAUUGAGGGAUGUAACAAAACUAAGUCCUCACCACCAGACUUCUUCUGUAGAGGCUUUCCACAGCAUCAUUUUACGUUUUGCUUCUAAAAACACCGUCUUUACGUUUCUUGGAAUGUUGUGCAGACUGUACCUGGCUGCACUACAUUUCAAUGAAAACGCCGGUUGUCCGCAAGCCACAUCAGCAGCAGGUCCGCCACUGUUCAAACUCACCUUUCCGAAGGCCAGGAAAGGAGAAUUCCCGGUCAGAGAUGUGAAAGCUGAACCUACAUUCAGGUAUGUGGAGGACCUGCUGGACCUCAUAUUUGAUGAAGUCUUUGUGGACCCAGCACCAUAUGUGGAGCAGACCAUGAGGAUCCCCAUACCACCAGCCCUGUAGCCCUGUGUGCUGAGUACAAGCGGCCAGAAGAGGAGGAGGUCAUCCCUAGCCGGGUGACUUGAUUUAAUCUAUAGGCGGCUUGAAGCCAACAUAGCCGCCCUGGGCAUCGGGAAACUCCCGGGGAAUCCUCAGCACCACACAGGCUGGAAUUACAACGCAUACUUUCGCCAUCUGAGGAAACCCCAGCACCAGCUCACAAAGCAGCGAUUUGUAAAUAAACCAAAAAUGUAUAUUUUUCAAGUUGUAUUUCCACGUAGUCGCAAGGGACCAUAGUCGGCUCUGUAAAUGUGAGAGAGAACACAUUUAAACAAACUGGCUCCAUUCCAGGAUGGUCCACCAUACAUGAGGGAGUCACUUCUAACCUUCAUUACAGUAAACUGCGUUUGCACCAGCACAUUUGCAUUUAAAGACACACACAAAAACAGCUCGUUUUUAUUCCCACCCAGGGCUGGACUGGUAAUCUGGCAUACCGGGCAUUUUCCUGGUGGCACUUUGGGGCCGAUCAGGGGCCGAUCAGGUCGCUUGCAUCACUGGCCAAUGAGGACGAGUUGUUUCUCUUGAGUUAUGUCCCGGCCCUCAAAAGACUGACACCACAGAAAAGAGCCGCAGUUAAAAUGACAAUCCAUCCGAUUAUGUUAUAAGAUGAAUACGCACGUUGAGACCCCCUAAGUAUGUCCCAGCAGCCAUAUCACCCUGCAGCUCUUGCCUGGUUGCCCACUAUAGCUAAGCAGUGUUGAGACUGGUCAGUAUCUGGAUGGGAGACCUCCUGGGGAAAAACUAAGGUUGCUGCUGGAAGUGGUAUUAGGGAGGCCAGUAGGGGGUGCUCAACCUGUGGUCGGUGUGUGUCCUAAUCCCCCAGUAUAGUGACGGGGACACUAUACAGUAAAAAGGCACCGUCUUUCGGAUGAUUCAUUAAACCGAGGUUCUGACUGUCUGUGGUCAUUAAAAAUCCCCCCAUAGGCCCUUCUCAAUCAUGGCCUCCUAAUAAUCUCCAUCCCAUCCAUUAAUUGGCUACAUCACUCUACUCUCUCCUCUCCACCAAUAGCAGGUGUGUGGUGAGUGUACUGGUGCACUAUGGCUGCCGUCGCAUCAUCCAGGUGGUGGUUGAGUCCCACUAUACUAUGUAAAAGCGCUAUAUAAUUGUCAGGAUUUAUUACUUUUAUUAUUGAUAAUAAAAUGUGUUCAAAAGCACUACAUUUCAGUAUAUAUUUCAAUGCAACGAAAUAGGAACUGGUUUGUUUUGCAGUCAAUUGCCUCACUUUUGUCUAGGUUUUGAUUAGUUACUUUAUGGUGCAAACGCUCUUGUUUUGUAAAAUGGCUCUAUUAAAUAUAAUAUAAUCAGCAUUUAAUUGUCAAGGUGCAAACUGCUAUUUAAUGCAUUUUUGUCAAUUUCUUUAGUUGCUUGUUUGUUUUGUGCUCAAAGCAUCAUUGAUUCAUUGAAAAGAUACCCUUCUCCUAUAUACAAUGAACUAAAUGAAAACUAGUGAUGAGUUUUACUAUAAACUUAGUCAUUAAGAUUCAAUGAAAUGACACAAAUGGAUGUAUAGGACCAAAGAAUUAUAUUUGUGCCUAGGUUAUGUCUCUGCAGCUCUAUCGAUACCAAUCAUCACGACACCAAAAACCAUAAUCUUAACAAUGUAAAGGCAAUGAAUAUCAGUAAGCCAGAUGGACUGUUUAUUUGUAUCUCGAUUUGAUCCUCCUUAUCUGUGUGGCUUAAGACAGAUUUUGAAAAUCCAUUAAUUCCUUGAUGAUAAACGUGUAUACGGACUUGUAUGAUCACAGAGGAUUUAUUGUGAAUGAAUAGCACAUGUACAAUAGCUUUGCCUUUUUGUGACUCUUUGUCAAAAAUGACACACUGAAUGACUGCAUUGCAGCGAUAAGGAGGAGUCAAGACACUGCCCAAGUAUUUCUGUCUGCUGUUCGCGGCUUUGAGCAUUAGGCAUUUUAAAUAUUAAAC